CAUGUGACGUUAUGUGUAGGCGUCGGGGGAAAUUUCACCCACACCAAACUUUACCGUGUCCACGGAUACAAAACCGUGUUCUGAUUGGUCGACGCAUUAUGUGCUGGGUGGAGUCUAUAUAAAAACUUAUGUGAGAACCCACAGCAUUAAUUUGAGAAUCAGUUCACAGGACUAUUCACAGAAACCCACAGGAUGUGUACACCAAAUACUUCUGAGUUGGAUUUGGAGCUGGGAGACUUACUGCAGGAGUUUAAUGAUGUUGUGAAGGAGCUGAGCUCUGAAAAUGUGCUGAGAGAUGUGAAGAGACACACGGGAUUGAGUGAUGGAGACGAUUCAGACUAUUGCAGUGAGGCUUCGCUAGUAAACAGUUUGAAUGCCAGUCAAGAGGAGCUCAACACUGCAAGCAUGACCACAGCACAAAAAGCAAGGCUCGGGGACACCAGCGACCUACAGAGCUUCAUUGAUAACCUGGAUAGAGAGCUUGCAGAGAUGUGAGCUGACAGGACACACGUGAUCAGAGAGGACGCACCACGUGCGCUGAGCACCUGAAGAGCUGGCAUUUAGAAAACCGCAAUCUCUGCCUUCACACAAGGAUAUUAUGAUGAAGAAAACAGCUUCUUUUUCCUCCCUUCACUAAUGAAAUAGAGCGCACAGUGUCUUUGUAAUUUGUCAAGACUGUUUGGACAAACUUCCAAGUUUCUCACUAGAUAUUUCACAUAUAUCACUAAGUUAUGAAGGCUUGUUGAUAAAUAGCUAGUUUUUCCACUUUUUUUAUAAAGAUUGUAAAAAUAUCAGUGUUAACAUGUUUAAAAUGUGUAUUUUUAUGUUAAUUUUACCUUGUAAAUAUAUAUUUUUUUUUAAUAAAAGGGUUUUGCAUUAAAAAUGUACUAAAUGGUU